AUGGAGGGCCUCAGAAAGACUCGUCAGCCAGAACUUUUCAUGUCAUUGAAGAGGGACAUGGCCAUGGUAAGUGGGAUCUUUUCUCUCGUCUCUAUAUUGUGUACCCUCUUAUCGUCAUGUUUUAAUAGGGUUUUUAUUUCCUUCCGAGCGCAAGUUACUCAACAAAUUUUUGUUGCUGAGGAAUGGGCCAAGAAGGCUCGUGAGGAUUUGCAUAGGGAGGCUCAGUCCCGCUCUGCCGCUGAGAAGGCCGCUAGCGAUCUCAAACUGGAUUUUGAUCGCCAGAAUAAUGAAAUAAAGGAGGUGAAGAAGGCUCAUGCAAGUGCAGAAGCCGGCCUUAAGAAUGCCGAAAAGCAAGCUGACGAUCUGCGCAUACAGUUCCGCCAAUCUGAGGAGAAACUUACAGCGGAGCAGCAGGCGGUUUCAAAGCUUAAGGCUGAGCUUGCAAGGACUAAGGAGGAGGCCCGCUUGGCCAGGGAAGCUGCUAAGAAGGCUGUGGCGGCUUCAUAUGAACGUGGAGUCCAUGAUACUGAGGUUAGACUGGCCGAGGAAGUUGCCACCGUCUAUAGGGAAUACAUCACCACGUCCUGGGGUGUAGCCCUGGAUCGGGCAGCCGUCCCAGCAGAUUCUGAUCUCAGGAAGGCUGAGAACAUCUUUUUCUCGGAGGACAUACGCGAGGUUCCUGACGAGGUUGCCUCCACCAAGCCUCUUCCAACAGACUCCUCUAUUCCCGAGGCUGGGGGCACGGAGCAGGCCGCGCAGGGCAAGUCACCCGAGGACAGCCUUCAUAUCAGCGAGAUCCUUGCACAGGCCAAGGAGAUUGCCCCGGAGAACCAGGCAACAGAUGAUCAGCUUGCUCCGACUCAGGGCUCUUAG